AUGGCAGAUGAUCAUGAGAAAAAGGAAGAAAAUGAUUGUGACGAUAAUAGGAUUCCGGUCACGACGACCACCACCAAGAACGCCUUGAUAACGACGCAGGUGGGCCCCUGCGAGAACUAUCCGCAUCGUGUCAAAGUUUCGAUCAUAGGUACCGGAAAAAUCGGCAUGGCUUGCGCGGUAACGAUUCUAAUGAGGAGAAUGGCCAGCGAAGUAUGCCUGAUCGAUAAGGACGGCGAGAAAGCCAUGGCGGAGGCUGCUGACAUUCAACACGCCGGAGUUUUCAUUGGAAAUCCACUCGUGACGGGUCAUUCGGAUAUCACCGUCGUGAAGGAAUCCGCCGUCGUGAUAAUAGCCAUCGAGCCGAAUCCCGGUCAGAAAUCGGACGUCGAUCGUAACCUCGGAUUGUUUCGAAAAAUCGUACCCGGUAUAGCGAAGCACGCCUGCAAGGCAAUUUUACUCGUGGCGACCCAGCCGGUUGACGUGAUGUCGUACAUUACUUGGAAGUUGUCCAAGUUCCCGUCGAGUCGCGUCGUCGGUACGGGUACCCUCGUGGACAGUAUGAGGCUUCAAAAUUACCUGGGCAAAAAAUUGGGCAUCGCAAAUGCCUCCGUCAGCUGCAUGAGCAUCGGAGCGCAAGGUGACACCUCAGUGGCCGUUUGGUCCGGCGUACACGUAGCCGGAAUGAAACUGAGGGACAUCAAUCCCAGAAUGGGCGAAGCCGACGAUCCCGAAAAAUGGAACGACGUCGCCCGGGCGGUCAACGAUUGCGACGCGAACCUCAACGAAAAGAUGGGCGAGAGGGGCCCGGCGUGUUGGGCCAUCGGAUUUUCAGCGGCUGAGAUCGUCGAUGCGAUCGUUCGGAACACAAAAGUCGUAUUACCGAUAUCAACUUACAUUCACAGUUGUUCCCACGGGAUGGACAAGGACGUUUACAUGUCGAUACCGUGCGUGAUCGGAAAGGACGGGGUCUACCACACGGUGAGACAGAAAUUAACGGAUUCCGAAAAAUUGGCGGUACAGAAGUGCGCCGACGAUAUAAGAAACGUGCUCAGGACUUGCGGUAUCCUUCGGGAACCUCGCGACGACGUUGACGAGGAGUAGAGAGAGAGAGAGAGACGAGUCGACGGGAAGAAAAAAUUCGUGCACAAAAUUAUUUUGUCUCAAUUUUUUUUUG